AUGUACCAACAGAACAGGUCACAGAUGCAGGCGCAAGCUCAAGCUCAAGCCCAAGCUCAAGCUCAGCAGCAGCAACAACAGCAACAGCAGCAACAGAAGCAAGGACAAACACAACAGGACCAGCAACCGCAAAUAAGCCGGGGUCCGGUUGGUGUCAACCCUGCGCAGCAGAAACCACAGAACUUCCAGCCGCUUUAUCCUCAGAUCCAGGCCAAAGUUAACAGCCUGACGUUCAUACCCCCUCCCUCGAUAAGCAAGGACCAGGUGGAGAGCUGGCUACAGGAAGCAAAGAACAGAUAUGGUGCGGCGUUGCAGAAACAAGAGCUGGGAAAAGUGAAGCUUGCUGAAGUUCGACAAUCGUACCAGCAGCGUCAAGGUGCUGGAAACCUCACUGCUGAGGAGAUUCAGGAAUUCAAGAACAGACAGCUUUUUGCCGAUAAAUUAUAUAGAGAAGGAAAUGAGUUUCUUUCCAAAUUCAAGGAUCAACAGGAGAGCUUCCGUCUCCAGCACCAGCAGGCGGCGGCAGCUGCGGCUUCCGGCCAGCAGGCAGGCCAGGGAGGGCAGACGCAAACUUCUGGUGCUGGAGAUCAACAAGGUGUCGUUAGCCAGGCAGCCGUCCAGCAGCCUGUAUCAGCGGCAGCCGGAACACCCGCUCCGCAUACUAUAAACUCCGCCGUUGUUGCAGCGCGCCACCAGGCCGGUCAAGCUCCUCAGGGACAGUCAGCUCCUGGAUCUGGAGGGACACACCCUCCGGCUCAGCAACAAGGACAGCCAGGUCAGCCUCAACAACAACCACAACAGCAACCACAACAGCAGCAGCCACAACAGCAGCAGCAACAGCAACAAAGUCAACACACUCAGCAACAGCAACAGCCUCAACAGCAACAAAGUCAACUAGGACAGCAGCAAGCAGCUUCACAACAACAAGCACAGGUUGCAGGAAUGAAACAACAACUUCCAGAAAGUGCUGGAGCUACUACUCUCUCUCAAACACCACAAAAUCAGGGUCCACCACGUGCACUCUCUCAACAAGGAGCAGUGAACCAAGCGCGUAGCAGCUAUGAUGUGAAUUCAAACAUCCACCAGUCCAACCAGACAUCAAACCACGCGCAUCCCCAGGCCUACAUUGGCGACCGUAACAUGGAUACCCGAAAGAUCAACAUGGCUAUUCCCAAGAAUCUCAGCAUUUCUACCACUCCCGAACCCGUUACUAUGGGGGCCGCCCGACCCACCCUCACCACUGGAGCCAGCCAUGGGUCCAUGGGAAUGAUGGGCCAGCCGGCCAUCCAAAAGCAUCCUGGUUACGUGUUGGAGGGAGAAGGUCAGCGUGUUCUCAGCAAGAAGAAGCUUGACGACCUGGUCAGACAGGUUACCGGAGGCGGCGAGGGAGAAAAGCUCACCCCUGAUGCAGAAGAGUUUGUUCUCCAGAUGGCUGACGACUUCGUCGACGAUGUGAUCACCGCUGCCUGUCGUCUUGCCAAACUCCGUCCAUCUUCGACCUUGGACAUCCGCGACAUCCAGCUCGUCCUAGAACGCAACUACAACAUGCGUAUCCCUGGCUUCUCGUCUGAUGAUCUGCGUACCGUUAAGAAGCCCCAUCCCACUCAGGGCUGGAUCCAGAAGAUGACUGCCGUCCAGGCCGCGAAGGUCACCCAAAGCCGCACUGAGUAG